UUUCCGGCUGAUGGCAGACGGAUCAGAUCAUCAGAUAUCUGACUUCGGUCCAAAUAGAUGUCCUCAUUCCAACGGUGUUGUCAUGCGACUCUGAUGCCAUCUGUCCAUGAUCUUUGCAUUUCACAAUAAUAGUAAUAAUUAUCAUAUUUCGAAGAAUAUUUGUCAUACACAUGCAUCGUUGGAUGUUGGACUGCGGAGUGCGGACGAUAGAAAGGAGGAGAGGUAUAUAGCUCUGAUCUCACAGACGAUCAGACUUUUGUCACUGGCAAAUCUUCGACAAAAUAGACAAAAUAUAAAUAGGAGCUGAAUGUUCAAUAGCCAGAGCUGUGCACAGGUUUCUUUCAUCGCAGGUUAGCCAUGGAUAAAGAAAUAACCCCAACCAAGCCAGUUGAACCUGAGGAGGUUGAGGUCACCACGGAUGGCGGUGAAAACGGAAAGGUAGUCGUUACGCAACCCAUCCCCGAGGAUCCGUCAGAGUGUGAAUCAGAUGACGUCAUAAAGAAACGAAGUAACAUGGUUGGGCGGGGCGAGUACGGUUACACAACAAAGGUCACAUCAACCAGCACUCAUAGGACGGAUGACCGAUGUGCGAAUUGGGAUUGCCAUGGUGACGGGGAAUGUAUGGAGGUACUCUUCGGAUGUCUUCUGUGCCAUUGUCUGUUCGGAGGUGACUCGAACGACUCCUGCGACGAUUGUUGCUCGGCAUGCGACUGCAAGGACUGUGGCGACUGCGACUGUGGGAAUUGCGAUUGUGGAGACUGCGGUAAUUGCGAUUGUAAUUUCAGCUAGUCUUUGACACCGUAGCUGUCUGGGCAAGUCGUGAAAGGUGCGAGAUGAAUGAUAUAAACGACAGCUACCCAGGAUCAAGACUGGCAAUAAGGGCAAAGAAACGGAACCCAUAAGAACAGCAAUCCAAUGUGAUUCUGUCUCAUUAUCAGAGUGUCCAUGCUUGGACAACCUGACUUCUGAAAGAGAUUUGGGAGUCUCCGCAGCCACUAUGCAGACGUUUCUGGAACGUAGAGAGUCUUUUGUCAAAAGCCUUACAAUAUAUAGUUGUAUUUGUAAAAAGAAAUCGUUAAAUUUAAACAACAGUGUCGUCCGUGACUCUUGGCAACGACAUACUGUUUGCAAUUUUCUGUCAGCUCCAAAUCUCAGGACGAUAAACUGUUCCGGUUCACUAAUAUUUUCGACAAUGACCUCCCAGGUUUUCAUUGUGCCUGCUAAGGUUGAUUCCGCGUUGUUGAGCGAAAACACGCUAUCAUCAUGAUUAUAUGGACAAUAGCUCGAAUGACCACAUGGACCACAGCCGAGAAGAAAAUAUGCUGAUAACCAAUAUCACACCAGUUUGAUCUGCUUCGAGUUUGAGCAGAAGAUAACUCAACAAACGUAGAGGGCGCGCGUCAUGAAUGACCAAGGCCUCAUGAAUGACCAGACGAGUGGGGCAUACGAAUGCGACUUAUUUUGCCUAUACAAGUAUAUCGCAAUUUUAUUUAUGGCCAGCGAUAGCCGAUGAUAAUAAUUUCCAAUCGAUGCACCUCACUGAUUUAUCAAACAAAAUUCAUGAUGCACACUCUUUUUAGUUUGGUUCUAAAGAGUAUACAGCUGUAUCACAUAUUA